AUGCGCCUCAACCCUAUUUUUUGCUUCUUUUUCUCAGUACUGGCAUUGACUGUCGAUUCCCAUCCUGCGUCAUAUCCCAGCAAGGCAAUCUACCUCCUCACCAACAACGCCGAGAAUGCGAUUGUUGGAGUCCCAAUUCACAAGAAUGGGCUCCUUGGAGAUGCCCAGGCUACUCUGACAGGCGGAACUGGAGAGAGAGCACUUCUGAAUGAUGGACAGCUCGCAGGUCCAGACUCGCUCUUUAGUCAAGGCGCAGUGGCCGUAACAGAAGAGUAUAUCUUCGCGGUUAAUCCCGGAUGCAAUACACUGAGCAUGCUGAGACACGACAAAACCAGUCUAUCGAAGCUCACCCUCGUCGGCGAGCCCGCCAAAAUCCCGGGCGAUUUCCCCAACACUGUUGCUGUAUCGGUGAAAGGCCGUCUAGUUUGUGUUGGAACAACGGGAACUAUGGCCGGUGUAUCUUGCACGACGUAUGACAAGCAUGGUCUAGGGAGUUUCGACGACCUACGCCCGUUCGAGCUUGGCCAGAGUACGCCGCCAGUUGGGCCAGCAAAUACUGUAUCUCAGGUCCUCUUCUCUGCCGAUGAAUCUGUCCUCUAUGCCACGGUUAAGGGGGACGGAACUGCGAACAAUACGGGCCAUCUCUCCGUUUUCCCAGUUCUUUAUGGCGAUUCGCCUGAGACACCUCCUACCCUGUCAAGGGAAGACACCCGGAGCUCGCCCAACGGCACCGGUCUUCUCUUCGGCUCGGCCAUCAUCCCCUCGUCGGACACUAUCCUUGUGACGGAUCCUGGAUUUGGGGCUGCGGUUUUGUCCGUCAACAGGUCGACUCACGAAGCCGGGUUAGUGGCCAAGACUAUAAUUCCCGGCCAAACAGCGACCUGCUGGGCAGCGUACUCAGCCGAGACAAACAGUAUCUUCGUAACGGAUGUUGCUGUCAACCGGCUUGUCGAGCUGGAUGCUGUCGAUGCGAGAAUUUUGCGAAUUACCAGUCUAUUUAACCAUGAUCCUGGUCUCGUGGAUCUCGUCGUCGUGGACAGGCUUGUUUAUGCGCUGUCUCCUGGAAAUGGCACUACGGAUGCAGCUAUCACGGUCUUUGAUAUUGAAAAGAACCAGCAGGUUCAGCACUAUUCUCUGAAAGCGCUUGGUGUGGGACCGGCUGCGAUGGGCAUGGCUUAUCUCGAGCUAUGA